AUGCCAGUCGUAUCCCCAUGCCGUAUCCACCUGGAAGCGCUUGGGCAGGACGUCUAUGGUGCUGGGAUCGCAGCACUGGUGAGGGACUCUUAUAGCCUGGUGGAGGGCAAGGGCGAGAUGACCUUGCGUGUCUCGCGCCUGGCCAGUAGCUUCUUGCUAAUGGCCUUCGUCGUCUUCUUGCAGAUCUUCUUGAUCUCUCAGAUGCAGGCUUUGGUGGCCAGCCGGGCGGUCACGGAGAUCCGACAGAUCUACGGCCGGUACGAAUUCGUGAUGUAUGGUGCUGACGUCACUCACAACUACUUGACGCCCAACGGAUUCCCUCGGGGCUUAGACAAGAGGUAUUUUGAUGCGGCCAACUUCGCACGCUUGACGGACGACGAGAAGGAUUUGGCAUGUGCAAUCCCCUUCUCGCAGUUGCAGAUCUUGGUGCCGAUCCUUUUCAUUUGGACGCUGACCAUUGUUGCAGACUUGCGCCGCUGUGGUGACCUCUUCGUGCGUUUGAUCCUAGCGACGCCCACCAUCACCAGCAUGAAGGAUGCGAUUGUGGAAGGUGAGGGUGAAUGCGAGAUCGUGGUGGGCCUCACGAAAGAGGUCAAAGCUUUGCUUGCAUCCACAUGCAUGAUUCCUCGCUGGAUCAUCGAUGUCUAUCUUCUCUGGCUGGGCUGUCGCUGGCUUUGUGCCACCCCGAGCUUCUCGGAUUUGCUCUUGAACUCGGUAGCAUUGGAGUUCAUCGUGCUGCUUAAGGACACACUCUUCACAGGUGUGGUGCCCGACCGCAACAAGCGUGCCACGCAGAACACAUUGAUCCAGCCCUGGCAGAAGAAGGAGCCCGCCAACUAUCGUGUCUUCUUGUCGGCCUUCUUGUUGGUCUUAGUGACCUUCAGCUGGGUCUACUACUACAUUUAUCGCUUUCAGGCAGUGCUGCCUGACUACCAGUGGGACAUCCACGAUGUGCGGACACUUGGGUGGUCCACUCGCUCCAUCAAGUCAGUCGUGACGUGCGUUGCAUCGUUGGUGAAGAUCGUCACGGCUGUGCAGCAAAAGCUUCAAAAUGGCGCGGCGCGGCAGCUGAAACUGCGAGUGUUGGAAACGUGUGAGUUAGAGGCUGCGCUGUCGCUGUCAGCAGCGCACGAGCUCGCUGUGGUCCGGCCGUUUGCGAGCGUCCAAGAGGUCCAGGACAUGUCAACAGCUUUCCAGCUGUGGAACACCGUGGCCCCGUGUGGCGACAAAGCUUUUGCCGAAUUUGACCUCUUUUUGGUGUACAGUCGUCGUUUGGAUGAGAAUCCGGUCGCGCUCCGCGCGGCGGAGAAGAUCCAGAAUUCGUUCCAAAACAAGAGUGAACCCUGGCACAGAUGCUUCCGGCACUUCUACCUGGAAGCUGCCAACCUCACAGCUCAGGAGGACGUGUAUGACUCCCGCGGCUAUGCAGUGAGAAAGGAUUGGGUGAACGGACCCAACAAAGUCUUUCGCUUCAUUCUGCAUAGUUUCUUGGUGAAAGCAUUCAGCUCCUCUGACUAUGAAGCCUUUUUCUUCAUGGAAUUCGACUCGACGCCUGUUCGGCCCUUUUGGUUGGAUCAGUUCUAUGCGGAGGUCUUCCACUACCCCAGCACUGCGAUUCGUGGCAGUCGCUACCGGGGAGACUCCUGGGACAAUUUUUUGCACGCCAUCCCUGAGUCGUUGUUAUACCAUAUCAAUGGCAAUGCCAUUUACUUCUUGAAGCAUCCCUGGCUGAGCUUUCUUGCACAGAAGCUUCAGGAGGAAGCAGAUUCCGAAAAUGCAAGUGUGGCCUUUGAUGUGCGCAUGGCGCAGCUCACCUUGGAUGCGCCCAAUCGAAGUGCUUCAGAUUGGGAGAACUACGUGCCGCCAGGACAGGAUCCCUAUCGAGAUGAUAGCUUGCUAGUGGGUAACUACGCCAAUACCUUGCUGAACACGAGCUUCACCGUGCCGGAGUUUGUCCGGCAUGGAGCAUUGACGAACGUCCUGGAAAACUUGGAUAGCUCAUUGGUGUCCUUGGCCGUUCAAUCCUUUCACCUCGGCUCCAAUGGCUCCUUGCUCUGGAAGAGUCUUACAGAGGCCUCGCACCCGUUUCGAGAAGUGGUGAUUUUAUCGGAGCAGGUCGAAGCACUGGAAGACCCUCCUUCCGGCUUGGUGCUGCGGUGGCAGGUGCCCCAACAGCCCGAGUACAUGGCAUUUUGCGAGUUGGCGCAGAUGGUCAACACGACCUACUUCGUGUUUACUGACACCUAUCACUUCAUCCCUGGCCCAACGCACGUCUUGGUGAAUGGAUCGCGUUCGGUCUUGCCCUACAUCCCGGCCACUUCCCCCCACUGCACCCACUAUGACGAGUGCAUGGCAUCGUUGGACCAGGCCGAGAGCUUCUAUGGGGUCCAGUUGAAUUAUCAUCACAGCAAGUUCGAGACACUCUUCGAGACCAGCCUCGCCAUGGAAUUCUGCGACAGCUGGACUCUGGCAGCGCUUCACUCGGGCUCCUUCGAAGCAUGUGACUUCCAUGGGCCAAGUGCAGAUGACUACAUCGCUUGGUUGAUCUCUGUGGACAGGGCCUUUCAGUAUGUGCCCAAGAACAAGGAACGCGUAGGAUGGAGGCCAUGGACGAUCUUGGCGAGCCCUCAUCCACCAGAUCUCCGCAACUGUAGCGUGUACAACGAGAGUGAUAGCCUGGCAAGGCAGCAAAGCAUCAAGGAGUGCAGUCUUUACAUCCAAGACCGCGAUGCGUGCAAUGCCAAUCCGAUGUGCACCUUUCGGGCUAUGUUCGAAGCAGGCAAAUGCAUGAGCACCUCAGAGUUCCAGAUGCUGCCAGCAAUGAUGAGCAGUCGCACCUGGACCUGGUCCUCCACCAGGACCACGUCGAGCAGCUUCACAAGAUCAAGUACAACAUGGACAGCGAGCACAUCCAUCACCUCAACCAGGUUCACCAGCACAAGAUCACUCACCACCUCAACAGGCAAUUGGUCCACCACGAGGACGGCUGCCCAAAGCGCUGUGCCCACGACGUGCGAGGGUGGCCUCCCCUCCAGCGCUGGGGUGGAUGUCAGCGAUUGCAUUGGGCGCUCCGUAGGUGAAUCCUGCAGCGUCUUGUGCACUGGGAACUUCCAGGGAGGCCCCGCAAGCUUCCUCUGCGGCGAGGGCGGAGACUUUCUGGGUGAGAUUUCAUGUCAGGAGAUCACCUGUUCAUUGGACGCACUUCCAGAUGGAUUCCGUACUGACUGUCAGAAGGUUGCCGUGGGAGGAGUUUGCUUUGUGCGAUGUCCUGAAGGCUUUGUGGGACAGGAGGCCAUGUACGUUUGUUUGGCCGAUGGCCAACUGCUUGGACUUUUGCCGCGCUGUGCAGCGCAGACCUGCGGAGUGGCGCCCCAGAUCUCAGGUGCAGACAGCAGCAGCUGUAGUGGUCUUCUUUAUGGGCAGUUCUGCCAAGUUUCUUGCAGCUAUGGCUUUGAGGGUCAAGCCUCCCAGUAUCGUUGCGUGGACGGAGUGCUUCAGGGCCAAGUGCCCAACUGUGUGCGCAAGACCUGCGAGAUCCCAACUUCCCUCCAAGCGGCUGAAGGAGUCUCCAGCGCUGCCUGCGCGGGGGUCUUGCAUGGACAGAGCUGCAUCAGCACAUGUAACGAAGGUUUCACUGGAACUGCCUCGCAACUGCGAUGUGAAGAUGGACAACUGGAAGGGCUGCCACCUAUUUGCACUGGUUUAGUGUGUUCGCUUGAGGGCAUCGUCAUCGGACCCGGUCUUGACGCAAGCGCUUGCACAGGCCUUCGCACUUCAGAAAGCUGUGCCUUGCGAUGUCGCCACGGAUAUACACCCAUUGGCGACCCGCACCUCACGUGCCAGCCAGACCGGCGCUUGUCGGCCCAAAACAGCGAGCCGGGCACUUUCUCGUGCGUACCCAGCGCCUGUGGUGAUCUCUCCAAAGUGCCCAGCUUUGGAGCCAACUUCAUCGACCACUCCUGCGACGGCCGAGUCUUCGGAGAGGUGUGCUCCGCCUUUUGUCACAUCGGCUGGCGCAUUGAAGGGAAUGCCAGCGUCAUUGUUUGUGACGUGGUGGACAACGAGUCCCAAGGUUUCGUGCAGUACUUCGAGAGCAACGGAAGCCAUAUGCCAGUGCAGCAGACCGCAGGUCCCAGGUGUGUCCCUGUGGAAUGUACGGAAGGUUUACCUGACAUGAAGGGUGUGGUGCAUGACUGUUUGGGAAAGACCACUGGUGAGGAGUGCCGUGUGGAGGCUGCACCGGGAUAUUUUGCGGAGCCAGACAGUGGGCGGUUGACCUGCCAAGACAAUGGUGGCUUCCAAGGUGUGAUGCCAAAGAUUCAAGCGCUUCGCUGUGUGGAUGUGAGCUGGCAAUCAGCUCACGUGGGCAGCACCUGUGCGAACGCGACGGUCGCUGCGGAGUGCUGGGCCUACUGUGAGCAGGGUUUCCAGGGAUCUCCCAGACGCUACGAAUGCGUGACGAAUGGCACGGAGAAUCCGCAGCUUCAAGCUGCCGAGGACAUCCACUGCCAAGCCCAGUCGGCACGCCGGGCAGCCGCCGUUCUCGCGCGUCCGCGUAACAUCGCAGCACCCUGCGAUGUUCCACCUGAGCUUUGGGAUCUGCGCUUUAUUCACUCCUGCACAUCUGCUCAAGAUGGAGAUAUUUGCGUGGUGCACUGUAGUACAGGCUACAUCAUGGUGGAGACAGAACCCUUGCUGCUCUCUUGUCAAGAUGGACAGUUCAUUGGAGGCGCUCUCCCCACCUGCCUUCCGCGUGCGUGCGAGUUUGCCUUCCCGAGUGGAGUCGGAGUCCACCAUGACUGCGAGGGCCGCACCACUGGAGAGAACUGCACGGCCAGAUGUGGAGAGGAGUUCACCUACACGUCUGCGGGGCCUGAGACCUUCGAAUGCACAGCCUCUGGCAGCUUUGUGGGGACCAGCCCCUCCUGCGACCGCAAGUUCUGCCAAGACUUGCAGCUGUCGGCAUUGUACUCCCACAACUGCCGGCAGAAACGCUAUGGCGAUACUUGCGGAGUGACCUGCGCCACGGGCUUUUACCUCACCUCUUGGGGGACUCAGUUCCGCUGCACGGGCACGUUCGAAGGCAGUUUGCCGAUCUGCCAGCCAGACCCCUGCACUGAUGAUCUGGCUGUUGGUGGUGUGUUCAGUGGAGAUUGCGAAGGUUUAUUGACCGGGGAAAGCUGUGAGCUUUCCUGUAACGCUGGCUUUGCGCCCAACAGCACGCAGCUGAUCUGCGGCGAACGUGGCUCGUUGGUAGGUGCUUAUCCCCUCUGCAAACCAGCCAGUUGUUCUUCAAGCGUGGCCUCCUUGGAAGCACCUUCGAUUUCUCACAACUGUGAGGGCGUCGUGUUCGGACGCAGCUGCAGUGUAUUUUGUGCCCCUGGCUAUGAGAUGCUCGAUGAGGUGACGGAGUGGAGAUGCCAACUGAAUGGCACACAGCUAGUUCUGACAGGAGCCAAUUCAUCCUCUCUCCCAUCUUGUGAGCCCCAACGCUGCGUGGGCUUGCCACAAGCGACUUCCGGUCCCUUCACCGACAACUGCAGCGGCUUGGCCUUUCUCGACCACUGCGACCUGCGCUGCGCCGAGGGCUACGCAGCGAACGGCACCGAGACUGACCGAGCGCCGGCGCUGCGCUACCACUGUGGCAGCGAUGGCUUGGCCGAGGCGGAGGGCACGCAGCCCAGGUGCGAUUUGGUCACCUGCAAUGCCAGCUUCUCCAUCCCUGGAGUCUUGAACACCUGUGAAGAGGUUCCGGUGAAUGGCAGCUGCUACGCCUUUUGUGCGCUGGGCUACCGCUUAGAAGGCCAAGCUCAACGAUGGAAGUGUGAACGCAGUGAGACACCACCGAUCCACGACCAGAACGACGGGAUCACCCUCCGUGGCUAUUUGCCGGUUUGUUUGUUGGAGUUCUGUAGCUACAACAUCCCCUGGUCUCCACGCUUCUCGCACAACUGCAAUGACGUGAUGACUUGGAAAAGCUGUGAGGUGCAAUGUGCCGCAGGCUUCGUUGGAGGUCGCAGCAGUUUGCUGUGCCAGCCGGAUGGUGCACUGAUGGGGCCACUGCCAGACUGUCAGGAGGAGUCCGUGACGAGCACCACCGUGACAGUGUAUACCUCCACAGAGACAGCGACUGCGACAGUGCUGUUCUUCAUCUUUGCUAACUUCACAAUGGCUGUGUCCAAUGUGGAGGGACUUCUAUCACAUCCAUUGGCUGAAGAAGGUUUCGCCAAUGGUAUUGCCGAGAUUUUUCAGCUGAUGCCCAACCAGAUUGAGAUCACUGUGCAGGAGCCUUCCUCCAGCGUGCUGCGGAUCUCCUGCAACGCGUCGUCGGUGUCGGAGUGGCGGAGUCUCCUGGAGGAGCUCACGGUGGAGCAGGUGGACAUGGCCAUGAACAGCAACAUCCAAGCUCUUCUCAGCAAUGUCUCUGGAGUGACUCUCAGGAUCCUCGUGGUCACAGUGGAAGUCUCAGAUGGAAGAGGUGAGCCCUUUGUUUGGGCUUUUCGAGCCAUGGACGAGGAGCCCGAAUUGGCCAGCGCUUCGCUAGUAGCUGCAUUGACAGCCUCGGGCGCUGCACUGGUUUGCGGCUGCCUUUGCUGCAUAUAUGGAUCCUUGGCAGGGAUUCUUGUUCUCCGGUGA